CUCGAAAUGACGUUUUCAUCACGUGGUAACACAUAACAUGGCUGGUGGUAAUACGUAUGUUUCUCAAGUAAACAAUUGUUGCAACUAACGCCUCUGGCUGCUACUUCCUGUGCUGAUUUUGCAGAAAACAAUGGAGGAACCAGAAGAAGCCCCUCAGGGGGAUACGGAGGAGGAAACACAAGCUGCCACUAAGAAGGUAAAGCCACCCAAUAAGAAACGCUUUGAGGAGGACUUGGAACAGAUCAGCAACAGAAUUCGAGACCUAGAGAUUGAGCAGAAAAAACUGCAGCCUAGCCAAAAAGGAGACAUUGCCAGCAAAAGGACAGAGAAAAUUGAGAUCAUUAACACACUGAAGGCGAUAGAUACAGAGAUCCGUGCUAUCAGUGCUGAUGUCACAAAGAGGAGAGCAGCAUUGGACAGACUGCAAGCAAAUCUUGUUUACAAGAAUGAGAAGAAAAUUGAUGAUGCUGUUGGCAAACUGGAAUAUCAGUUAAAGAGGACAAAUUUUAAGUUGUCAGAGGAGAAGAAAAUCGUGGCAGAAAUUGACAAGCUUCAGCGCUCCAAGAAGGUUUUGGUGCAUUAUGUGGCGCAAAAGAAAGAGAUGGAUGAUGUGCGAGAACGACAACGACAAUUACGAGAAGAGAGAGAUAGAUUGCAGAAAGUUGUCAACAAAAUCCGAAUUGAAGAAGACAGCAUAAGAAGAAGUAACCAUGAUAGGAAGAUCAAGCUGGACCAGGUUAAGAAAGAACUGGAUGAAAUUCAUGAAACAAAAAGAAGAAUUGUGCAAGACUUUAAAGCCUCUGAGAAGGAAUAUAAGGAUGUCAAACAAGAAGAGAACAAAGUCAAGAGGCAGGAGAGCUUCAUCAAGAAACAGGAGCGCAGGAAUACCAUGGAGUCCUUCCAGCAAGAUCUGGAGGUAUACGGAACAGCUAGAAUGCCCUUUGAGGAUGAGGUCAACUUGUGCAACACUCUGAUCAACUAUCUGAAGAAGUUCAACAUGGCUUCUGACGAGACAGCAGAGGAAACAGAGUCCCUUCCACGAGCCUCUGGCUGGUCCCUCAUCAAAGGAAAUGGGGAUUCUUCAGCUGCAAUAUCCAAUGAAUUAGAAGAUGGAAAGUAUGUCCUGUUGAAGAAGGAUGAGGAGGAGGAAUUUCCUGAUCGUCGCCUCAAGAGAGGGAAGAGACCAAGCAAGAAAAGCAAGAGGAAUUCAGUGCUGAAAUCCCUGACCCACACCCCACAGAUUUUUUCCCAGUUUGCCUCAUUGAACCUUAAUGCGCCAUCAAAUGUAUCUGAAAUUCCGGCAUCUUUGGAGCAACUAAAUGCCAGAAAGAAAUAUUAUGAAGAGGGUGCCCAAAUAAAAUUAAGGGUAGCCACACCUUCUCUAGAGGAGAACAGCGAUGGAGGUGUUUCUACCAGUGAUGGCAUCUCGGCGACGGAAAGUGCCAUGUGUGAGAUGUCUCGCCAAGCCAGCCACACCGAGAGCAUGGAGAAUGCUGGUGGAGCGGACCAGUGCCUUGAAGAGUUGGUUCGGAUGUCAGAGACUUUAAGUGAAAAAUCAGAAUAUUUGACUGAGCGUAGCAGUUCAGAUUCCACAGUGAGGUCGUCGGAUUCCGACCACUCCGGGCAUUCGGUGAGGGUGGUUUCACUUGAUUUUGGAGACUCUGGGAACAUGGCGGCCGCCAUUAUCCCCCAUGCUGCUGAUUCCUCUACAGUGAUUGGACAAAGGAGCAUUGACUCAUUAAACGACGAAUGUUUUCAGCCAACCACGCCAACUGACACUCAGGCUAAACAGAAAGUGGACUGUAUAUGUGACAGUAGUCUAGUGCCACCGUUGAGCCUGGGGGCGACCAAUCAUGAAUUUCUCGAGGACCUUUCUUGUGGAGGUGUGGUUCUUGGGGCAGAGGGAGCUAUCUCAGCAUCUUGAUGUUAGUCUCCCUGAUUGACAGCUGGCUGUCAUUGUCAGCUGACAUUGUGUUUAUUGUCAGCUGGUUUUCUGAUAUUGAUAACACUUGUCAGCUGAUUAAUUUAUUAUUUACAGUUGUAGACUACCCAAUGUUUAAUGUUUGACAUCAUUUUUUUUUUGACCAAUUCCACUAUUACCAAGACAACACAUAUCAUAAUACUAACGAAAAUCCAUGACUAAUGAAAUUGACUGAUCAGGUAUAGCAUUUAAUGCUCAUUAUUUAUAUCUUUAUUUACCUAGUAUUUAGAAUGUCAUCACAAAAGUUGAAAACUAAUUUUGAGAUUGCUACCAAUAUUAUCACUGAAAAUUUCUACUAAAGUUUCGUAAUCAGUACCGUUACAUGUAUGAUAUGCACUUUCCUAUAACGUACAUAUAAAGGCACGGUGUAUAGCAAGUAGAAAAGUGCAGGAUAUGUUCAUGUAAUAUUUUGUUUGUGAAAAAAUGUUAAAAAACAAAAAAUGACCAUAUUCCAUGUAAAUAAGUGAUGGAUCAAAUUUUAGUUCUAUUGUCAUUAAAGUUCUUUUAAACAAUUAAUUUUUAAAAAAUAAAAUAAAAAUGAAAUUGGACUGUGAGGCAUAUUUAUCAGUUGUAAAACAAAGCAGUCGUGGCAUUAAAAUUUAUCUGAAAGAUACAUAAGGAUAUGUGAUAUCAGUACAUUAAUACUUUCAUCAAACUACUUAUUCAUGUAUAGAUUUGCUAUGAAUGACCGAUAGAUGUUCACUAGCACCAGUCACGGUUUUUUGUACAUUAUAAUGAUUUUUGAGAAUGUAGCACAUACAUUGUAACUCCCACGGUGAACGAUUGCACUGAGCGAUGUAAUAUGUCCUUGUUAUUAUGAUAAUCAAGUCUACAUCUUAUUGUAGAGAUAUCUAUUGUAGAGAGAUAUUCACUUUGUUCCAAAAGAAACCUAAAUUUAGCGCCUUGUUUUCCAAAGUGUUGGUUUUAUUAGAGUUAUCUCCCUGUUUUGUUUCCAUUUAUAACUGUUUUUGGUGUUGCACUUUAUUUUUAAAAAAUAUCAAAAACAACUAUUAUUGUUUUGUUGUAUGUUACUUAAUGAUGUAAUUUUACCGGUAUUUUAUUUUUGAAAACAUUCUUAUUAUUCUUAUUUAUUGAAAGCUGCUUUUCAAAAUACCCUACCUUAUUAUUUAUUUCAUAUAUCUUGACGCAUUGUGUAGAUACAUGUAUACUUAUUUAUUAUCAUCAUGUAUUUUUGUUAUUACUUGUAACAAUUUAAUCACUCAGAGUUUGUCUUUGGAGUAUAUUUAACUUUUUAUGAUUGUAUGUUUUUUAACCCUCUUGCAUUUUUAAUGUCCACUUCUACAUUAAUUUUUACUUAUUUUGGAACAUGGAAAUUAAGUUUCAGGUGACACUUCUCCAUCUUUCCUGGUACAGGUAUUUUAAAUGAAAUGAUGAAAUUUGACAUCUCCACAAUACAUAUUUUAAAAUAUACAGUACAUGUGAUAGCUAAAUACAUACCCUAAGCUGAUACCUGAAAUAUUGUAUUUACUCAUUGAAAGCUGGUAAUUGCUACUUAUAACCCUUGAACUUGAUAGAUACAGCUUUUCAAAACAACAAUCAGAAAAAAAGGAAUAAUUUGUAUAGUCAUUAUUUGCAAUUUUAACAUUUGUUGGUAUUAAUUUGACAAUCUGAAUAUGAUUCUCUUGGAAAUGAUAUUAAGGAUGAUAUAUAUGCAAGUGUAAAUAACUCGCAUUUUUAAUACAUGUAAUUAAUUUUCAAUCAGAAAGCGUUUCAUUUUAUCCCCUGUUGUCUAGCUGGAGAAUAAUACAACUUGUACAAAGUACAAAUUCUUUUCCCGAAACAAUUGAAUAUUCUUAUAUAUGAUUUAACACAUAUUCAAGUCAGUGAAAGAGAUUUUGGAUAUGAUAUUUAAAACUUAAUAAUGUACAUUGAUUUGAUUGAUAAAAUUUGAUUAGUGAAAACUGUGUGAGAAUGUUUGGAAAAAAAAUUACAAUGUAUAUUUAUUACAGAAGCAAAUUUAAACCUGAAUUGUGUUAUGUUUCUGAAGUCUAGAAAAAGUUUGAGAGAAUGUAUGUAUGCCCAUGUAUAACUGCUAACAUGAAAAAGUGCUGGCAUAAAAUAUUCAAUUAUUGUUUCUGUAAAAAAAAAAUCACCGUAUACUUAUGUUGGUCAUAAUUAAGAUGUUUAUUUAUUUGAUCAGUCAGAUUAUUUAGUAUGUGUACUAGGUGUGGUGUUAAGAGUAUUUGUUUGUUAGUUAUAGACCAGAAAUCAGAGAUUUGAUAGGGAAUGAAGGGAGAUCUCG